GCGAUUUUUCACCGAUUGUUGAUGACGGUGGCAGACAGCGCAGGUCAGUUCGCUGUGUGGUGUUUUCUGGGAGGAGAAGUGCCUGGAAAGACAUUAUCCGGAUGAAGGCUCACAGAGAAGUGUGGAUUUUGAUGCUGUCAGGACCCACGGGUGUCUCCUGUUCUGCUUGGCAUCAUUGACCUCUCUCCGUUAUUCAAGAACUGCUACAACAACAGGCAACUAGUUCUGCUUUUUUAACUCUUUUGGGCCAAGUUGCUCAAAGAGGACCUUCUUCAUAACUGACCACAAUGAAUCGUUACCUGCCCGUGGCACGACAGCACUUCCUGGCUGCCCUUGCCAGCACCAGUGUAGUAGUAAAAGCUAUAAGUGCUCUAGUAGUACUGCUGUACCUGCUUUCAUGGGCUGUCAACACUCCAUACGCAUUGGGGGUGACCCCGGGCUACCUUUUUCCACCCAACUUUUGGGUGUGGACGCUGGUAACCCAUGGAGUGGUGGAGCAGCACGUCUGGGGUGUGGCAGCCAAUGUGGGGACAGUAAUGGCCUGUGGGCGCCUGCUGGAGCCUUUGUGGGGUGCUCUGGAGCUCCUGAUCUUUUUCGCAGUGGUUAACGUGUCUGCAGGCCUGUUAGCAGGCUUCUCCUACCUCCUCACCUAUGUGGCUACCUUUGACCUGGACUUCCUGUUUGCUGUGCGUGUCCAUGGAGCAGCCGGAUUCCUGGGAGGUGUCCUGGUGGCGCUGAAGCAGACCAUGGGGGAUACUACAGUGCUCAGAGUGCCACAGGUGAGGCUCAAAGCAGCACCAGCUUUGGUCCUCCUCUUCCUGGCUUUAUUGCGCCUGUCUGGAUUGCUUGACAGCUCCGCUCCCCUGGCUUCAUACAGUUAUGGUGCACUGUCUGGAUGGGUCUACCUGCGCUUCUACCAGAGGCACAGCCGGGGCCGCGGCGACAUGUCAGACCACUUUGCCUUCGCAAGUUUCUUCCCAGAGGCAGUGCAGCCAGCUGUGGGACUGCUGGCAGGGCUCGUCCACUCUGCCCUGGUGAAGAUGAAGGUGUGCAGGAAGAUGGUAAAGAGAUACGACGUGGGGGCGCCCUCCUCCAUCACCAUCAGCUUACCAGGGACAGACCCACAGGAUGCAGAAAGGAGGAGACAACUGGCCCUGAAAGCUCUGAACGAGCGUCUAAAACGCGUAGAGGACCAGUCUGCUUGGCCCAGCAUGGAUGACGAGGAAGACGACGAUGACGACGAGGUCAGAACCGACACACAGCCGCUCCUACCAGGCGGACGUGAGCCCUCCUCCACACCAAGAACAGCAGGGGGAGCCAUCAGUGCCUCCCUCUCCUCCACCUCCUCAUCACUGAUGUCACAAAGUGGCGGAGCACCUUCCUCGGGUGGAGUGCAGCACCCAGAGUCCAGCAUCAUCAGCUUUGAGGAUGCACCUUCAAGAUCAUAGCAAACAGAACACAAGUGUACAGAUAUGCACGCUCUGUUUGAGGUCACUGGCAAGUAUACUGGUGUGUUCAGAGUUCCUGACUAGUAUACAGGUUUAUUCAGUGACAGCUAUUAGGCGUAUACACACACACACACACACACACACACACACACACACCCCUUUGACCAGUGUAUACAAACAGCUGUGCACACUCAAACUCUGUCAGCAUCAUUGUGAAGCCCAAAAGACUGUACAGUGCUUUCAGUUGAGACACGAUGGUUGUAAAUGCUCAGUGUAGUUGGGCAGACUGAACACUAAAUUCUUGACUCGCUCCUGCAUACAAACGAAAGAAAGUCACAAAAAUUCUUUCUUUUCCAGACUUAAUCCCAGCUUGCAGAAAUCUGUUCACUGCUUCAUGUGUCUUUUUCUUUUUUUCUUUUUUUUUGCUUUCUAAAUAAAUAAUGAAAUGGGUGUAUGAUAUUCUUUUUUUGUAAGUUUUACAGAGCAGCCAUAUUCAUUCUUUUGUUUUCCGCUGUGGGGAAAGCUGUCCGUGACAGAGGCUGGGUUUGAGUUCCUGAUUCUCGAUGAAAGACUGUGGCGCGUCAAAUUGAGAAGCACUAAGUCAGAUUAGCUUUGGGUUCACUGGUUCCAAAUAUAGAACCAGGUGUGGAACGGAGGAAGCAUGAAAAGCAUGUUACUCAGCACCAACUGCUGGACCACAGGAAAGAAGCUGCUGCGGGUCUGUCCUGCUGAUGAACUGUGUUACCAAACAUCAAGAUUUGAAAAAGUGCCAGGUGAAAGAAAAAUUCCAGACCAGGUUAACUUGCCACCUGAUACCUCUCUGGAAUCACAAGCAGAAGUACAAACCACAUUAACCCCCCCCUUUUUUUCUUUUUUUUUUGUUUCUUGUCAGUGGACAAAAAUGUGGGACCCCCCCCUCCCCCUCCCCAAAUAGUCUAUUCACUUAUUUAAUUCAACAAAAAUUGAACUGUUUUGGACUAACAAGACAUGUUGGUGGUGUUACACUCACAGAUCUGUGGAUGAUUUUCUUAUUUUGCAAGCUGAUUUUAUUUCUUUCCUGAUCAUAACCUCUUUACACUUCUGCAUUCAAGAUUCUGAAAUUGUGCUACAAAUGUGUGAGCAAGUGCUGUUCUGUUAUCUGGGUGCCUACAAUGAAGGGAAAGGUGGUCAUUGUCUGUGCUUCUUUUAUCCAUUUGCACCAUUAGAAACGUGGUAUUUAAAGAAAACUCAUUGAUUUAUGAGUUACCGAUUUUAAGUUUUAUAAUUGUUGUAACUCUGACACUGGUCCAUGAGGACAAAUGAUUCCACAAACAGAGGACUGCUGUCCUGGUCAGUAGUCAACAUGGCACAGGUCUCACAGUCACAUCCUUUGGACUUGUAGCAUUACCAUCUCUAAAUUUAUACUUCCAGACCUGGCUCGUGGUGAAUUGUUUUCUAGGGUUGUUGAUAGCAGCUAAAUUAUUUCAUCUAAAUAAACAUGAACUUCAUUUACACCUAAAGGUCAUCAGUUCACUGAUUGUGCUGCCAGUCAUUGCUGUAGCUGUUGCAUGCUAUUGUGGAAACAAUCAAAUCAUUGAAUUUGCAAUUUCCCUCCUGUCCUUUUUGAUUAGAGUCAUUUGAAGCAAAUGAAUUGUUUAGCAAUGAUGACAAACUGAAACCGUACUUUGGAAAAAUACUUUUGCACUCAUAAUCAUAAGCUUGUAAUUUCAGUGAGAAAUUCCAACUAGCUGAGACUGUGAACCAUGGUGGGUUUUUUUAAUCACUUUAGAUUAAAAGUGCAAAAGUCCAUGAGGUUAUAUUCACACCCUCCUUCGGUCUCUAUGAUUCUUCCUGUGAAAACAGGCCAAACAUUAAGACUAAACGCUGAUUAGGGUGAACUGCUAAGAAUUAAGAGUUACCUCUACUUUCCUAAAGAUAUUUAAGAAAAUUACAGAUGGUUUUUAUUAUAUUAUUAGGGAAACUAGGGAGCUACAAAAAUGAGUAUGAUGUUACAUGUGUAAUUCCAUUUAAUAGUUUUCUUUUUGUAUUCAAAAUAAAUAUUAAAAUAGGUUGUUUUUAAUGUUGUUUUAUCAACAUAAUGAAACUUCCUGUGUCCCCACACCUUCAAAAUAAAAAAACCAAAAAACCCACAUAAAUGUAGCCAAUCAAAUUGAAUUCCUCCUAAAUGAAGUUGUUUAUCUGUGGCUCAGAAGAAGUGAUUCUGAGCACGCAUUUGAAGCUACGAGAAAACGGUCAGCCUGGUGUCUGGACUCAAAUUUUCACUUUAAAAAAAAAAAAAAAAUUUAACACUGAAAUAUAGAAUUGGGUUCUUUGCUUUUUAAUAAAUGGCAAAAAUAGCCUGUAGUCUGCAGACCUUCGCCCCAUGUGAUAAAUUGAAACGGUUGAUGGAAUGAGAUGUGAUGUUGAAAGGGAAGUAAUAAGCCAUAUUAGAGGGAUGGAAUUCUGUGUGCUGUCCUGUUUAUUCUUGUUUUAUCUCACUGUGCUCAUAUUUUGGCAAGCCUGUGCAUACAUGGGAUGAUUUGGGCUUCUACAUUAAUUUGAAUGUUACUGUUUAUGUAAAUGAACGGACACAGGAACUGAUCUUCAGAGUGGAGCAGGUGAAGCUGCAGUCAGACGUCUGAUACCUCACACUGCACCCUACCAUCAAACACAGUAGCAACGGAUAAAAACAGUCAAGGCAACUUUGUAUAUAAUUGCAUAGAAUUACAGUGCAAUUUACAGCUUUAUGGUGUCAUUUUCAUACCCUCUACAUGCAAGAUAGUCCGCAAAUAGUCAAAUAGCAGUUAAAAAGUGUGUGUUAAGCUUGACUGGCUGCCCAAUUCAGCUUGCAUCACAAAAUCAGCAUUGCAGCAAAACAUGCUAAUGCGGUUGCCUGCAGAUAACUGUGAAGUUCAGUGAUUUGGUGAAGUUGUACCAUUUUAUUUUUAUUUUUCUAUUUUUUUUAGUGGUUUGAAGGCCGUGGAGCAUUGUAGCUGGCAGUCUGAGGUUUCAGACUGAAUCUUGUCAGUCUGACAUUCAGCCAAACCUCACCUUCAGUCCUGUUUCCAAUGUUUUGUUUUUUAUUUAUUUCCUUUUUCCCCCCCUUGAAUUAAAAUGUUAUUAAAGCAAAGAAGGCAGAUCCUGUCUGUGUGUCUUAUCCCUUUGUACAGUUGGGUUAAACUAUAAAAACUGCAGACGAGCAUAAUGAAUGAUGUCAGUGCUGUUCACUGUUAAAUUACAGUGGCCUCUCUUUUAGGCUCUGCAGAAAUGCUAGCAUUGCAACUUGGCCGACAUAAAAUUGGUUCAAGUCUUUUUUUUCCCCUUCCCCUGUUCACAUGUAUCAUGUCUUCAGCUGGGCAUGGUGACUUUUUUAAAGCUUGUUUCACUCCACCCUUACAUUCAUCCUUAAAUGUAUUCUCACAAAUCAUUUCCCAAGUGGAUGUCCAGUUACAUAAUUUUAUGUUAGAUUUUUUUCAGGUCUUAAACAAGCUCCUUGACUUGAGACACAUGAGAGAUGGAUGAAAAUUGUAUGCCCAUGGUAAAAAAAAUUGGAAGACGAGUAACUGAAGGGCUUCAUGUGUUGUUACAUCAGAAUUUAAGACUUCUUUUAGAACUAUUGCCUCUAUUAAUCUGAUUGUUUUUCUUGUCUUAAUUUUCCAGUAUGAGUGUUUUUACAAAUGUGGAGCUGAGAAAAGAGAGCUGUAACAAUGACAUUAAAUAUAAUCACUGCUUGAUAUGGCUGGGUUAUCACUUGUAAGGUACAUUUGGGUGUUUGGGGGAUGCUGUACACGUAAGGUUGUCAAGUCUUUAAGACACUUUGUGAGACAACAUAUUCCUAGGAAAAAUGUCAUUGUUUUGGGAAACACCAAACUUCAUGAGCUUUGGAUAAAAAUGGUUAAGAAAGAUGAGACUGUUGUGUUUUGGCAGAGUUGAUCACCCACAAGGUUUAUUUUUCUUGCUUUUCAUUACUUCCAUUUUCCUUCUCUGUCUCUACUUUUGCUCCAGUAGAUCUCGUUCACACUAAGGACAUCUUUCUUUCUCUGUACUGUGCCAUUUGCACAGACUUCUGUUGAUUUUCAAAUAUAUUUGUUCAUCUCAAUAUGAAAUAAAAGGCGAUUGUAUGAAA